AUGCCCUACGGCCAGCAGAUGCAGGAGGAGCGCCCGCGGGCCUCAGCCCGCGCCCCGCCCCUGGGAGAGCUCAGGAAGCUGCUCGAGUGCGCCCCCGUCCCCGCGCAGUGCCUCUUCGCCGAGCGAAAGCACGCGUACUGGCUGCUGGGCCUGGACCAGCGCGGCCUCGUCGAGGAGCCCGACAUGCUCAGGGACAUGUUCGUGUCCGUUUUCGCGGGCGCCGACGACGACGAAGACGAGUGCCCCGGCCGGCCCGCGCUCGGGGAGCAGGACAUUGCUACCCUCGAGUCGGGCAUACCUAUCCCAGCCACUGACGUCUGCGACGCCACGGCCGCUCUCGCCCAACAGAGGGACAGGGCGACUCUCAAGGCCACCGGCCCGCCCGUGCAGGCCUCUGCGCGCUUCGGCGACCGAGCGGGCCGCCUCUGCGAGCAGGAACAUGCCGGCGGCGGCGGCGGCAUCGUCAGCAGCGCCGGUGAGAAGCAGAAAGGUGAGACAUCGCACCUGGGACAGGCGGACGGCCACUGCCGCGAAGAAAAGCUGCACGCUUCAGCACAGAAAGGACAGAACCAGGCGCCGCGCGGCCCGGCCUUCGGCCUGGGGAGCGCCGGCUUCCGCCUGGGCAGCGGGCAGGGCCUGGCCCCGGGCGCCGUCGAGAUGCUGCUCGGCAGCUGGCGCCAGGAGCCCCGCCCGCAGCGGGUGACGCUCCCGAGCGGGGACGUCGUAGAGGACUUCCUGCAGCUCGAGGCUGGCGGCGCCUGGGUGCUGCGCGGCGGCUCGCGCGUGGAGCUGCUGGUCGACCUGCCGCGCCUGGCGCCGGGCAGGGUCGUGCUGCCCGACGAGCUGGACCUCGACGAGGCCCUCGACCUGUCGAGGCACGGUCGCCACCUGAGCGCCAGCGAGGCCGCCGCCCUGGCCUUGCGGGGGCCCGACUGCGACAAGUGCUCUAUCUGCCUGGAGGCCAUCGGCGGCGGCGCGGCGCCAUCCGCCGCGCCCGCCGCCAGCUUCGAGCUGAGCUGCGGGCACGUCUACCACACGGACUGUCUGCAGCAGUGGUUCGCCUCCAGGCGCCGGUGCCCCGCGUGCCAGCGGGAGUACGGGAAGGUGAUCGGCGCGCAGCCCGGCGUGGGCACCCUGCAGUGGCACCUGGAGCGGGGCGCCCUGCCAGGAUGCCGAGGGGCGCCCUACACCGUCGUCGUCGAGUUCGACUUCCCCGCCGGCCGGGGGCCCGACGGCGUCUACCACGACGGUCGGAGACCCAUGGGCUACCUGCCCGCCAACACGGAGGGCCUCCUCCUGCUGGAGCUCUUCAAGCUCGCGUUCCGGAGGCGCGUGAUGUUCGGGAUGGGCCAGUCGCUGACGAAAGGAAACCGCCGGCCGACAAACAACGUGCACAUCAAGACGAGCAGGCAGCCGCGCGGUGCCGCGGGCCACGGCUACCCCGACCCCGGCUACUUCCGCCGGAGCCUCGAGGAGCUGAAGGCCAACGGGGUCACGAUUGCCGACCUCCCUGUGUGA